UACCUACGCCGCGAGGAGAACCUGCGCGCGCGCGUUCGCUCGCGUAUAGCAUAUACGCCGCCCGCGAGUCUCUCGUCGUUCCAGUUUAGUCAGAGCUAAGCCGCGUGGCCGUGCAGUCCGCACCUCUUGUAUUUUCGCGCGCCGAUACGAGGGAGAAUCUGCGGAGAUAGAUAGCUGUAUCUCCACGCUGCGCGACUUCCGAGAGACUACCGUGAGGUAUAGCGCAUACACCAGUCGCGUGGGCUUCUAUGUGCGCUGGAUUCGCUGGUGGUGCAGCCGUUGUGUACGCGGCGGUACCCUGUGCGGAUGAUUCAUACUCGUGCGGAGUUUCGGAGAUCGUUAUGUCAGUUAAAGGACCGGCUUGUACUGUGUGCGGGUGUGUGUGGGUUGGGGAGCACGAUGUGUGUAUACCGUAGGCCGCGCCUUUGUGCGCGAUGCUCUCCGUACGAUAUGACGAUCUGCUGUACCGAUCUUCUGGACGAUCGGUUGCAAUGUGUCCGAUGCGGAUCACAGUCGUCGAAAAACUAUGCGAAGCAGCGUCUCGAAAGACGCUCAUUUAAAGACUCGAAUUCUUAGUCAUCGCAUGUCUCGCUCACUCGAUUUACAGUUACGAUCGCGCGCAUUCUAACGCGACGAUCAGCUCUGUUUUCACGGCGUUGCGGGAUCGUUAAGAUUUCUGCGGUUUGCAGCCGCCAGCCUCUCGCGAAUUCUCACGUCGUUCAAUGGCGAGCCCAACAAGGCUACUCUAAAAACAAACAAAAAAAUAAAGAAAAAGAAUCAGUGGCGUGAAGCGAGUUGGCAAAGCCCGCGCGCGCCUUUCCAUUCACGAAGUUAUGCAAAAGCCGAUACACGCGCGCAACUUAUCACCGCCCAAACAACUCGCGUGCCACUUGCCCAGAUAUUCCGCGCGCGCGAGCCGAAGAGUAUAAAAAAGCAGGCCGGAUAUUUUGAAGGAGCGCGCGCGCGUACACAGUGGCCGAGACAGGAGUAGGCUAGUAGAGUCGAUAAUUAUUGAACAGUUAUUCCGGGACUGGAGAGCCUGCAGUGGUUCCCAUCGGCGCGGCUUAUUCUUGUGACACCGUGAGCGCGAGUUCUUCGGGUAUAAAUUGCGCCGCGUUGCGCAAGAAAUGCACUGCUCUUGUUUACACCCCGCGAGGUGUCGUAUCUCGAAACAGCUCGAGAGAAUUCUUGUAUGUGUGGGAGAAGGAACGCGGAAAUUUUCGGUUGUUUGUUUUUGAAAUGCCGGAGUCAUGACCGCGAGGUGUACACAUUUCGCCGAUCGGUUUUUUUCAUGUCACUCCGUUCGGGCGCGGGCAAUUUAAAUUCCGCGGUAUGCCAGUGUGCAGGAUUCGACUACUGAUGUUUUUUUAACCGUAUCUGUGUGACUACCUCCGUAAAUGUGCGCACGAAAUUAUUACGCGUGACCGGCAAGCAUUGAGUAACUUCGUCCCAUAACGACGAACUGAUCCAACGAAUUUCCCACACUUAAAACCUAAACGCAGAAGAAAAAGCCGCUCGCGGACGCUAAUUAGUCGCGUGAACAGUGGAUACGUGUAUAAACGAAAGCAAAAACGAGCGGCUUAUCGCGUUGUUCCCGGAAUGCAUAGAACAAUAGCCCCCCAUUCCCGGGAGAAACUCUUUCGUUUCCUCGCCGUAAACAGUUAAAUUUUCCAUUUCCAGUUUAUAACGGGGACCUGCCCUUGACAUCGGAGUUGGAGCGAGAGAGAGAGAGAGAGAGAGAGAGAGAGAGAGAGAGAGAGAGAGAGAGAGAGAGAGAGAGAGAGAGAGAGGAUCGAGGAAAAGAGGGAAGGGGAAAAGGGACUGAGAGCCGCGGUCCACGUCUAAGCGUUCGGUCUGGCCACGGACAAGUCAGUCAAGCUGGGCGACAGGCGAGGAAAGCACAAGCGAGUCAGGAUGGCGGACGAGGGAGGUAUGCAGAGCACGCACGUCGCCAAGGAGGAGGAUUUCGACGCCGUCAACUCCAAGUCCAUCGUUCUCAAAGUCGUUCAAGUUGUAAUUUCCAUUUUCGCGGUGGGGCUGAUAGUCGACCCGUUCGACUCGUUUCACCAGAUCUUCAACCACCCGCCGAAGCCGAAACUCGAUGACAUAGCUGUCAUUUACGUGACGAUCGCAGGCUUCAUCAUGAUCAAUGCCAUCUUAAUCCUAGGUCACUUGUUGGGUGACCGUAUGCCCAAGAGAACGUCGGUGCUGUUCUCAGCCACGGGCGCGAUAAUGCACAUCGUCGCGGGAAGCGUCAUCAUCCACAAUUGGAGGAAGCUUCACGGCAACUACGCCUACAUCUACAACAGCAACACCUAUCCGAGCAAGCAGUACCAAGACAUGCUGAUAGCCGGCGCCUUCUUCACCUUCGUCGACGCGCUGGUCUUCGCCGUCGACGUCUUCUUCACCAUCAAGUACUUCUAGACGAAGAGCGUAUUUUUCCUUUCUUCUCCACCUUCAUUGCAUUCUAUUCGGUCUCUGUCCUCUUGUUUACUCGAACUAAUCUCGUUCCGCGAGUGCCAUUUAGCGACUCGUCGCGAUGCCGCACUUGUACACCACACGCGCACAUCACAUUCGGAGAUACAUUUACGUGUUUUUGAUCUGUUCAACAUACUUUAGUUCUAUCGAGUUGACUUGUUCAACGCCUAGUUAUGCGUAUAACGUAGUUACAUAGGACGUAUAGUCGCUGCGGUAUUCGUCGCAGGCAAGAUUUUUUUGUAAAUGAUUGGACAGGCUCUGCGUUGCACUGAAUCUACAUCUGAUGGUUCGGUGCGAUCGCAUGUAGUCUUUUUUUACCGUCUGGUGACAUUUUUAUACAGUUUGUACGAGAAAAAGACAAAUUUUCUAACGUUUUAUGCCAAAUUGUAUUCGAUGCAACAAUUAUACGUACAACCAAUAAAAGUGCAAUGUAAUUUUAGGAUGCUCGGUUUUAUCAAGCCACACAUGAUUAUAAGACGAAGGCAUACGAUUUAAAUUUUAAAGAUUCGCUUCGGUAACGUUAGACUGCUUGCUUAUUCCGUAACUUAUACACAUAGCUAUCUUUCAGUUGUCCAAUAAUGUACACUUUGUUGUUAACGUGGCAGAAUUUUACACUUGUAAACACAAUGCUACAAUCCCAAAGUACGAACUAAUUCUGCAUGCAAUCGCCGGGACGUCGAAUGUUCCACGAUUCGAUGUCGGGAAAUUGUUUUGUUUAUCGUUGUAAUCUGAGAAAAAUUUUUAUACUGGCAUUCCACGCCUUUUUGUGCGUUGCCUCCACAGUUGUAUUACUGCACGUUAUGACCUUCAUUGCAAGAACAAAAAUGUUAAUUUAUAUCUAUGAAACGAAAUACCACGAGUACAAAAAGCAGUGGAAUAAAUGCGUAUGUCAAAGAAAGAUUUUUCUCCGCUUAUUCGAACGUAGCGCAUUUGUAUAAUAUGUGCGAAAAUGCGCGCAAUCGACGUAUCCGCGUGUGCGUCGGCAUAAUCCGUCCUACAUAUUUAUAUACGAUACGAAGUCUUCGCGCGUAGCACGAGCCUUUGUAAUUAGCUCUAUUCCGUCCAUAAUCGUUCAAUCGACACGUACGUAUUAUAUAAGUCAAAGCAUAAUUAAUCGCCUGUUCGUGUUCGUCGUAUUAAUUAAGACACACUAAUGAAAAGAAGUAUUUUUAUUUUUUUAAGUUGUAACGUUUUUUUGUGUGUUAUAUGCGAGACAAAUUAUAUUAUAUUAUAUAGAUUAUUAUAUAUACAUCUGUAAAGGUACAAUUUACGCUACAAAUUGAAGUUGUGUAAAAAAAUUCUGUCUAUAUUGCAGUACCUUACACCGUUAUUGCAUAUCCACUUUAUUAAGCGCAUGAAUAAGUUAUAUACCAUAUGCGAAUACAGUUGAACAAUCGAACGAGAUGAAAAAUCUCCAAAAUACCCUUUAUAUAUGUACCAAUAAGAGUUAUAAUUUUACGAUGAAAAAAUAUACAUAUAUUAUAUAUUUAUACAAAGUUUUCAAUAAACUUAUUGUCUUCGAUUUCUUUUGAGAUUUAAUCAAAUUUUAUAACGCUUUACGUUUCAUCGUGUACUUUUGCAGCGUACGUCAAGCGAUUGACAUCAGCUAACCUAGACAAAUAUUUAGUUGCAAAAAUUGUACAUUAGUGAAAAAUGAUCGGACCAAUUUACGCCGCACCUAUUCAAACCUGCUAUGACAGAAGCACCGUACCAAUAGUCAAACCCAUAAGAAUAUUCCAGUUUAUUUUGGUAACUUUGCUCUUCGCGCUGACGUGCCACACCGUUUCCAAGGACUCGCCAUACGGACAGACCGAGGCCGCCGCGAUUUGGGCUUUAUUCGCUACUUUUCUACUAAUCACGCUGGUAGACAUUGUGAGCCAAUGCGGUAGCGAUCCGAUUCCAGAUACACCGAUGUUCUUGUUCGGAGUGUUGGGGACUUUGUUUUUCUUAAUGGCAACUGGUGAUAUCCUCAUCGCGUCGAGAAAAAAUGGCAUAACAGGAAUCUGGAGGCUGACGCUUGCAGUAAUACUUUCUACAACUUGCGCGCUUCUCUUUCUACUGGACGUUUUGUUAAUUUUUUUGUACGGCUAUUGAAUCUGGAUUGAUUAAACGGUCUAUUUCUGUACGGAAUGUUUUGUUCAAACGGCGUUACGCAAAAACUAAUUUAACAAUUGAAUGACUUACAACUGAACGAUAUUGUAAAAUUUAAUGCUAAUUAAAAGCGUUCACUGACAA